CAAACGUUAGCUAUUUAUUUUUAUAUAACUUUCAUAAAUGUUAAAAAAAGGGAAGUGCAGUGUAGCGGCAGUGUUGUUAAUGUAAAAUUACUGAGUACUGCAGUAAUCACCUGGUAAAUGUGUAAUUGGUACACGUGUAACAACAGCACACUUGCAAUUAACCGACCGAUUCGUUGGUUGUUUACAUGUUUGCACGCCACAGCAAGCCGGGGUUGUUAAUUGAAGCGUGUACCAAAUAAGUUGCAAGACAAACAAAAACACCAUGUACUCGAUCAUCAAGACAACGCAUCCAGCGACCGGAGUCGAGCACGCAAUCACUUGCAACUUCUUUAAUCGCGCUGAAAAAUGCCUCGUCGUCGCGGGUGCGAACAUCAUUCGCGUCUUUCGUCUCAUCCCCAAUGUUGAUCCGGCUAAGAAGGAAAAAUUCACCGAGUCAAGGCCACCAAAAAUGAGGCUAGAGUGUCUAGCUCAGUAUACUCUGCACGGCAAUGUCAUGUCAAUGCAGGCUGUCCACCUGAUUAAUUCUCCCCGGGAUUCUUUGCUGCUUAGCUUUCGAGAGGCCAAACUUUCGGUCGUAGAGUACGACCCAGAAAGUCAUAGCCUCAGGACGGUUUCGUUGCAUUACUUUGAAGAGGAAGAGAUCAAGGAUGGCUGGACAAAUCACCAUCACAUACCAAUCGUCAGGGUGGACCCUGAAGGGAGAUGCGCUGUAAUGUUAAUCUAUGGCAGAAAGUUAGUGGUCUUGCCUUUUCGUAGAGAUCCAAUUUUAGAUGAAGGAGAUUUACUGGAUAAUCCAAAGUCUAGUAAAACGCCUAUUUUAUCCUCCUACAUGAUUGUUUUGAAAACAUUAGAAGAAAAAAUGGAUAACAUAAUAGACUUGCAAUUUUUGUAUGGUUAUUACGAACCUACAUUAUUAAUUCUCUACGAGCCAGUAAGAACUUUUCCUGGUCGAAUAGCUGUAAGACAAGAUACUUGUGCUAUGGUAGCAAUAUCAUUAAAUAUUCAGCAGAAAGUGCAUCCAAUCAUUUGGUCUGUUUCAAAUUUACCUUUUGAUUGUUACCAAGCAGUACCUGUCAAAAAACCUCUCGGUGGCACAUUGAUUAUGGCAAUCAAUUCUUUAAUUUAUUUGAACCAAAGUAUUCCACCCUAUGGAGUAUCUUUAAAUAGUUUAUCUGAUAACUGUACAAACUUUCCUCUCAAACCCCAAGAAGGCGUCAAAAUAAGCUUAGAGGGUUCUCAAGUCGCAUUUAUUUCACCAGACCGUCUGGUGAUAUCAUUAAAGUCAGGAGAACUGUACGUGUUAUCUCUUUUUGCUGACAGUAUGAGAUCUGUUCGUGGAUUUCACUUUGACAAGGCAGCUGCUAGUGUUUUAACUUCCUGUGUAUGUGUGUGUGAAGAUAAUCAUUUGUUUCUUGGGUCUCGACUAGGAAAUUCCCUGUUAUUGAGUUUUACAGAAAAGGAAACUGAACGGAUCAAUGACAUCAUGAUACUAAAAAAUUCUCUUAAUAGCAACAUGGACGAGCCAGCUAGUAAAAAAUCAAAACAAGACUUUUUAGAAGACUGGAUGGCAUCUGACGUCAAAGAUAUUGAAGAUCCUGAAGAAUUAGAAGUGUAUGGCAGUGAAACGCAAACAUCUAUUCAAAUCGCUUCUUAUAUUUUUGAAGUACGUGACACUUUAUUAAAUAUUGGACCAUGUGGAAAUAUAUCCAUGGGAGAACCCGCAUUUUUAUGCAAAGAAUUUGCAACCGGUCAAGAACCUGAUAUUGAAUUGGUAACGACUUCAGGUUAUGGUAAAAAUGGAGCCCUUUGUAUUCUUCAGCGAUCUAUUCGCCCAAAGAUAUUAACGACUUUUGAUUUACACGGUUAUGAAAACAUCUGGACUGUAGUUGAUUCAACUAUUAAUGAAAAUCGUGGACGAACAGAAAAUGAAACCAGUCACGGAUUUUUAAUUUUAACUCAAGACGACUCUACGAUGGUACUUCAGACAGGGCAAGAAAUUAACGAGGUGGUCGAUAAGCUCUCUGGCUUUAGUACUCAAAGCACAACAAUAUUUGCUGGUAAUCUUGGAUCUAAUCGAUAUAUUAUUCAAGUGACGCAAAUGGGUGUACGGUUAUUGCAGGGCUUAAAACAAAUUCAAUACAAGCAAAUGGAUAUGGGAUGUCCUAUUGUUCACGUGAGCUGUGCUGAUCCGUAUGUAAUCUUACUUUUUGAAGAUGGACAAGUUCAUCUUGUAACACUCAAAGAGAGUAGGGGCACAGCGUGGCUACAUGUGCAAACAAUCAAUUUGAUGUUCCGGCCACAAAUAGAGGCAUUGUGUGCAUACCGAGAUGUAAGUGGCUUGUUCACCACUGUAUUACCAGAAGAAGUGCUAGAUGACCUGGAAAAUGAUAAUUCAGAUGAACCAGAAAUUAUUGAAAGUGUAGACAAUGAAGAGGAGUUGUUGUAUGGUGAUAACUCUGCAUUCCAAAUGCCAGCACCACCAAAUCCAAAACAACCAGAAGCGACGAAAAAAACUCCUUGGUGGCAGCAGUAUUUGCAAGAAAUAAGGCCUACGUACUGGCUUUUUAUUUACAGAGAUAGCGGAACAUUGGAGGUUUACUCGUUACCGGACAUACGUUUGUCUUAUUUGGUAAAAAACUUUGGUUUUGGUCAAAACGUACUCCAUGACAGUAUGGAGUUUACGACUGUACAAAGUACACUGACCACUGAACCCGUUAAUCCUGAGUGGCAGGUACGUGAAAUACUAAUGGUCGCUUUGGGACACCAUGGUAACAGACCUAUGCUUCUAGUGCGUCUUAACAACGAAGUACAAAUUUAUCAAGUGUAUAGAUAUCCAAAAGGCUAUUUAAAACUACGAUUCAAGAGGAUAGAGCACAAUUUUAUUGUUGGAUUUGCGAGAAUUGAACCAAAGGAUGAAGACAUGCACAGAAUGGACAACACAAAAUUGUGUAUGAUAAGGUACUUUGGUAACAUAGCUGGUUAUAACGGAGUCUUCAUUUGUGGUGAUUAUCCUCACUGGCUCUUCUUAACUGGUUGCGGAGAAUUACGAGCCCAUCCCAUGAGCAUUGAUGGGCCUGUAAAAGCAUUCGCACCUUUUAACAAUAUUAACUGUCCCCAAGGCUUUUUAUAUUUAAAUAGAAAGGACGAAUUAAGAAUUUGUUGUUUGCUGACGCAUUUAUCCUAUGAUGCUCCAUGGCCUGUGAGAAAAGUGCCUUUACGUUGUACGCCUCACUUUGUAACGUAUCAUCUUGAAAGUAAAACUUAUUGUGUGGUAACAAGUAUAAGCGAGCCUCUAAAAAGUUACUAUAGGUUUAAUGGAGAAGACAAGGAAUUUACGGAAGAAGAAAGGAAUGAUAGAUUUAUAUAUCCAAACCAAGAACAGUUUAGCAUAGUAUUAUUUUCGCCAGCCAAAUGGGAACCCAUUCCAAAUACAAAGUUUGAUUUGGAACAGUGGGAGCAUGUGACGUGUUUAAAAAACGUAUCUCUGGCUUAUGAAGGAACACGAUCUGGUUUAAAGGGAUACAUUGUCAUUGGAACAAAUUACAAUUAUGGAGAAGACAUCACUAGUAGAGGUCGGAUACUUAUAUUCGAUAUUAUUGAAGUCGUUCCUGAACCAGGUCAGCCUUUAACUAAAAAUAAGUUUAAGCAAAUAUAUGCCAAGGAACAAAAGGGACCUGUCACUGCUAUUACUCAGGUUUCAGGCUUCUUAGUGUCAGCUAUUGGCCAAAAGAUUUACAUAUGGCAACUCAAAGAUAAUGAUUUAGUCGGAGUUGCAUUUAUUGAUACUCAAAUUUACGUGUGCCAGAUGCUUAGCAUUAAGAGUUUGAUUCUUGUUGCCGAUAUAUAUAAAUCUGUGAGCUUGUUAAGGUUUCAACAAGAAUACAAAACCUUGUCUUUAGUUAGUCGUGAUUUUAGAACCACAGAAAUUUAUGCAAUAGAAUAUUUAAUACAAAAUAAUGAAUUAGGAUUUAUUGUGGCUGAUGGUGAGAGCAACAUUGCAAUUUUUUCGUAUCAGCCUGAAUCCUCUCAAAGUCUUGGAGGCCAAAAAUUAAUUAGAAGAGCAGACAUACACUUAGGACAAAAGAUCAACACAUUUUUUAGAAUAAAAUGUAGAUCAACAGAUUCAGCAAACCCAAAUAAACAAUUUUCUGGGGCUGACAAAAGACACAUAACGAUGUAUGCAACAUUGGACGGUAGCCUUGGUUACAUUCUCCCAGUCCCCGAAAAAACUUAUCGACGGUUGCUCAUGUUGCAAAACUUAUUGGUUAGUCACUUAUAUCACACGGCAGGAUUAAAUCCAAAGGCUUAUAGAACAUUUAAAAGUUCCUUAAGAAUGCAAGGUAAUCCUGCCAGAGGAAUCAUUGAUGGUGAUCUUGUAAUGAAAUACUUAGACUUGUCAAUCAAUGAUAAAUCUGAAAUUGCGAAAAAAAUUGGUACAGGAACACACGAAAUCAUUGAGGAUAUGCAUGAAAUAUACAAGCAAACGUCUCAUUUUUAAAUAAAGCCCUUAAGGGUUUUCAUCAACUUUGUAUAUAAUUUAUUGUACAUUGAAUAGUUCUAAGUAAAUAGGCGAUUUUUAAUUGAAAAAUGUUUUUUCGUAUGUAUUUUGCCAUCACUUUCUCUAAAGUCAGCGUUUUAAAAAGGUGUCAUUAAGCUGUUAUUAUUUCUAUCAUUGAUUAUUUUUAAUUGUAUUUAUAGAUUUCCAUAACUCUUGUCGUUCAAAAAAUCAAUAUGGAAAAAAAAAACAAAAACAAAAAAAAUAGUAAGACAAUUUCGACAAUUAAACUGCACCACCGAGUAACACUAUAAACUAUACAAAGUACAUUAAUUUAAAAUGGGAAAGGAAUUCCACGACCAAAUAAAGAGUUACAUCGGAAAUUCUCGCUUGCGCAGCUUUAACAGUUUUGUUUAAAAUGCAUAUAAACAACAUUAUACAAAUAAAAAAUGUUUUGAAAGCAUCCCGGCUCUAAUAUACAUCAACACCUAUAAUGUAAAUCAAUAACCACGGAGUCUAUGAUGUCAUGGACAGUCAUACAUCCAUAUGUUGUAUAAUUAAAAAUUCUAUGGUUUUCGCAUUAUGGGGUUUAAUACUGUAGGAUUUGUUAGAUAUGUGGUUAAAAGAUCUGGGAUAACAGGGCCAUUAGGUGAAAGUACCUACAUUUUGUAAUUUUCUGGGGGCCUGGAGAGCAGCUAGAGUAUAUACAUAUCUCUGCUUCUCCCCACUAUCCUUAUACCCCACCCUCUGAUUUAAUUUAUAAAUUUCAUAAUGUGUAUUUAACAAACACAAAACAUUCCUUUGAAACUUAAAAGUACUAGGACUUAAAGUACAACUGAAAUAAAUAUUGGGAAAUCAAUGGAAAAGAACGAGAUUGAAUAUUUCGAUAAGACUUAAAAAAAUACAAGAUUUUGUUGUUCUUUGCAAAUUUUUAUUUCCCUUUUUAUUACAUUAAUACAAAAGA